UGCUACGGCAAAAUCUGACGGAGCGGUUUAUUUGCAGGAAUUUCUAAUGUCAGACAAAGCACCAGUUUUUGUGUUGACGGUCAAACAAUGGACUUAACGUUUAAUUUAAACUCUCUCGGAUUUGAGGCUGGGCUCAUUGAUGGUGAAAAAGAAUGGACGUUUCUGCGCAGUCGGUCAGCCGCUUUGACUGUUAGUGGAUGCGGACAUGCAGUGUUUCUGUGUCGACUUGCCACUAUAGUGAGGGGUAAAUUAAGGCACCUGACUAGUAAAUCACGCCACCCUGGGCUAAAUCUAGGUAUUACCGGAGGGGGACACAUUGGCAAACAAUUGACAAAAGUCUUACUAAGUUUGCCCGGAUUCAAACCAUCUAACAUCAGCAUCUCAACCAGAAGGCCCGAGACACUGCAGGAAUUCUCAAAGAGCGGGGUGGAGUGUUACUUCGACAACCGCAGACUGGCCGCUUGGGCAGACAUACUCUUCCUCUGUGUGCUCCCCUCUCAUCUGCCUCGAGUGUGUGCAGAGCUUCACUCUCAGCUGCCUGCACACUGCCUUGUGUACAGUUUCACCACUGCUGUGCCAUUACACAGGCUUGCACGACUCCUUGGCCACAGUUUUGUUCUGAAGCCCCAUUAUGAUUUCGUAGCCUGUGAUUCAGCUCUGAUGUGGCUCCGCCAUAGUCAGAUGAUGACAGCUUUAAAAGAUGAAGAAGUGCUGACUGCAUCAUGCCCACUUUCAAUGAGUGGUGGGCUUUCAUUGGAUCAGAGGUGGGUGCCUGCUGUGCUGUACAGUCUCCUCAACAUGUGCACUGCUGAACGAUUGGGGUUUAACCAAGCUGUCCAACUGCUCAAUGAGCUGUUCCAGACCAAACACUCAUCCGAGACCUUUACCUGUCAAAGCUUUGUCAACUCAUCCUGCGCAGCUACACUUACUGACUCUGGAGAGCCUUUUCCCUGGAUCAACUUGAUUGAUGCGCAGACAAAGCAGACCCCCUUGUCUUCUUGUCUAAUGGGAUCUAAAGUUUUACAAGACUGCAUUUCUGCAGUGUAUUACAAAACAUUUUCCAGCAUGUCACCUGCUAAGAAUGAGAUGCAAGAGUGAAUCAUAGAAGUGAGAGUAGAAAAACAGUUCUACGUUUGUUUAAUACUUUUGCUUUAUGUAGAAUAUAUUUUAGUUGUAUUGGAAUUAAUACAGCUGCCUUAUUAACUAGAUCUCAAACAAACAUAUGUAAACUGCAGCCUAAAAUAAAUGCUAAUUUAGCUCAGGGGAGUAAUGAGGCUGUGAGUCUGUCAACUGUUUUAAAUCUGCUGCGCCUUAAUUAGCACCACAAUAGUACUAAGCUCUCUAGAGAUUUCCUAGCAUUUGUGACUCUGACUGUAACAAUAUAUAUAUAUAUAUUUUUAAUAUAUAUAUUUCUUGUUUAGCCCAAUUUAAAUAUAGAUACAAGAGCUGAAAUGGUAGGAAGGUGAAAAUGACAUAUUUCAGGAUGUCUAUAUAUGAAAGUAACCAUUAAAAAUGUAUGCAUUGGGUCUUUUCUGGAUUUACAGUUUCUUUUAGGCACGUUCACAGAAGAGUUGUAUGACUAUCGAGAAAUAGUGAAUAACUAUUAAUAAAAAUUAUAAAUGAUAUUUUUUAUGUUAGAAGUGUUUUAUUUUUA